CCGUCAUGCGCGACGUCCUCAGUUUCGCAACCGUAGUCAUAGAUGUCCAACAUGCUUGGCGUGUUCUGUCGGAUAUCGGGCUUCACAAUUCUCCUCCUUACGGUUCUGGUGUGUUGCGGUGGACUAUGGCUGCGAAUGGUCGACGGUCAGUGCGUGUGUGGAAUUCGGCAGACGAAAAACGAAUCCGUCGUGGACGGUGAGCAAAUAGAACCGGGCGAGUGGCCUUGGCAUGUGGGAGUGUACUGGUGGAAAGGUUCGAAGCUCAACCCGCCGGACAAAGUUUGCGAGGGGGCGCUGGUCGAUCGGGAAGGGUGGGUGCUGACCGCGGCCAACUGUUUGAAGAGCGGUGGAGGAAAAGUGCUCGAACUGAAGGGAAUGAUCGUUCAUGUGGGAUUGGUGGCGCUGCAGCAGAACACCGAGCGAUCCCGGAGGUUCCAUGUGGAGAACGUAGUGCUGAACGAGGAGCUGGAUUUGGCUUUGAUUCGGUUGAAAGUGUACGACGAAUGGGAGGGUAUGCCGAUCUGCAUGACGGACGGACAGGAAGAUUUUGACAAGAUUUACGGAGAGUCGGUUUACGUUUUGCAACAGAGCCAUCGGCAUCGGUUGGGUGGAUUCGAGAUCGUUAAACUGCAACUUGAAAAGGAAGUAGUGUGCUAUGGACCGUCAUUAGCAGUUAAGGCGCGAGCGGUUAGCGACAGCAACAUCAAACUUAAAACCAAAGAUACCAAGUAUCAUUCAACGGGUCGUGGCACUCCCCUCUACAUCAAAGGCCCUGGAGGGUGGACCCUGCUAGGUAUAUCCAACAAAAUACAAACAUCCAUUCCUGGAAGCUUUUGUCAACCCGGGGACUACGAAUCGUUCCUGAACGUUAACUUAGCACCGGUCAGCGUAUGGUUUGCUAAUGAGCUAGAAAACGACGGUAUCGAAAGCAUGGAAACAUCUACCGAGUAGAGUUCAGUUACCUUUCUAAUAGAUUGCACUUACUGUCAUCCAUGAAAUCAUCAACCAUUCUGUACAUUCUUUACCCGUAGACACCAAUAAAUUAAAACGAAUA